CUCGUGUAGGGGCGGAUCGAGGUUUUUUUUGACACAAGCAGCCUCAGAGUAAUUACGCAUUUGUCCAGGAUCGGUGCCGAUUUUAAGUGUCCUUUAUCUCCUCCAGCAGACCCAUCUUGAAAAUCUGCGCUUUGUACGCGAGGUUUGACGCGCGGAAUAAACGCCGGGCGCUGCGCUGCUUUUGUGUGGAUGUAAAUGAUGCUGCGUGCCCGGUAAACGCGGCGUGUCCGUACGCGCCGAUGACAAUAGACGAACGCGCACGGUAAAGAAGAGAAAGCGAACGGGAAGAACAGUGAUCAUGUCUCUGAGCAGGAGCAUCGAGCUCGAGCACUUUGACGAGCGGGACCGGCACCGAUCGAAGCGUACGGCGGGCGCGAGCGGUGCGGGCGGCGCGGGCUCCCAGCAGGGCUCCCGGGCGAGCAGUCUGGUGCCCAGCCCCGCACACAGCGCCAACUGCAGCUUCUACCGCACCCGCACGCUCCAGGCACUCAGCUCCGAGAAGAGGGCCAAGAAGGUUCGGUUCUACCGGAAUGGAGACCGCUAUUUCAAGGGACUGGUGUACGCGGUGUCCAGCGACCGCUUCAGGUCCAUGGACGCGCUGCUGGCUGAGCUGACGCGCGCGCUCGCCGACAACCUGCACCUGCCGCAAGGUGUGCGCAACAUCUACACCGCGGACGGCGCCAAGAAGAUCAGCAGUCUGGAGGAGCUCGCCGAAGGUGAGAGUUAUGUGUGCGCCUCCAACGAGCCCUACAGGAAAGUGGACUACACUAAGAACGUGAACCCUAACUGGGGCUCCAGGAUGGCAGGGGCGGGGCCUGUGGUGGCGGCGGGGCCUGUGGGCGGAGCCGUGCGUCCGACAGUUCAGCGUAUCGCGGGGGAAUCGCGGGAGUCUAAAGACUAUAUCAAACCCAAGCUGGUGACGGUGAUCCGCAGCGGCGUGAAGCCCAGGAAGGCGGUGCGGAUCCUGCUUAAUAAGAAGACGGCGCAUUCCUUUGAGCAGGUGCUCGCAGACAUCACCGAGGCCAUCAAGCUGGAUUCAGGAGUGGUGAAGCGGCUCUACACGCUCGACGGCAAACAGCUGACGAGUCUGCAGGAUUUCUUCGGUGAUGAUGAUGUGUUUAUCGCGUGUGGUUUGGAGAAGUUUCGUUACGCUCAGGACGACGCCGCCAUUGGACACGCAGGGAAAGGAGCAGCGGCAGCGUUCGUGAAAGAGUGUAAGAAAACACGGCCGCCGGUCCCUCCGAAGACAUCGGGCAACAAGAGUCCAGGCGUCCCGCGCUCCAAAUCCCCCGUCUCCGCUCACGAGGCUCCAAGGAGUGAAUCUCCUCCGCUGAUCUCUUCAAAGUCUCCCUGCAGCCCCGUCACGCAGCGCAAGACGUCUGUUCAUAAGGAGUCUCCGUCUGCGGCUCCCUCCAGAGACCAAAACGAUGAAGAAGAGCUCAGUCCAGAGGUGAAUGGUAAUGAGGUUCAGUCGUCUGUCAUCACCGGCAAAUACAAAGUGGGAAAAGUCAUCGGAGACGGAAACUUCGCUGUAGUCAGAGAGUGUGUGGAGAGGUCUACAGGACAGGAGUACGCACUGAAGAUCAUAGAUAAAGCCAAGUGCAGUGGAAAGGAGCAUCUGAUAGCCAAUGAGGUGUCGAUACUGCGCAGAGUUCGCCACCCCAGCAUCAUUAUGCUAAUAGAGGAGCUGGACACGCCCACUGAGCUGUAUUUGGUCAUGGAGUUGGUCAAGGGUGGUGACCUGUUUGAUGCCAUUACUUGCUCCACCAAAUACACAGAGCGAGACGCCAGUGCCAUGCUGUUCAACCUGACUGGAGCGCUGCGAUACCUGCACAGAAUGAACAUCGUACACAGAGAUAUUAAACCUGAGAACCUGCUGGUGUGCGAGUAUCCAGACGGCACCAAGUCUUUAAAAUUGGGGGAUUUUGGUCUGGCUACAGUAGUGGAGGGUCCACUGUACACCGUCUGCGGGACGCCAACUUACGUCGCUCCAGAGAUUAUCGCCGAGUCUGGGUACGGGCUGAAGGUGGACAUCUGGGCGGCGGGGGUGAUCACGUAUAUCCUGCUGUGUGGGUUUCCUCCAUUCCGCAGCGAGAAGAACCAGCAGGAGGAGCUGUUUGAGCAGAUCUUACUGGGAAAACUGGACUUCCCCUCCCCAUACUGGGACAACAUCAGCGACUCGGCUAAGGAUUUAAUCGGGAAGAUGCUGCAGGUGGAUGUUGGAGAUCGAUACACAGCUGACGAGGUGCUGGAACACUGCUGGGUCAAGGACGAGACUGCGAUGGAUACUAAUAUGGUGUGUGAAAUGGAAGACAGUGUUGAACACACACACAACAACACAGGAGCAGAUGCUGAGGUGGAUCAUCUCCAUGAUCAAAGCUGGCAGUAAUUUGAUGAAUCUCUCCGGAGGCGCAGAAGAACAGAAACCCUGAAGACCACCACAAACCUCACCAACAACACAGAGCAGACCAGACCAGACCUGCAUCUCUCCGUAUCUGUCAACGUUCUCCAUCCAUUCACAGAUUUUCCAAAUGCAUCAUGAUCCUCUCUUUUAAAUAAAUUCAGAGCUUAGUUUUUAACACCAGACGGCGCUGUACGCUUUAGAUCAACAGCUGAGCUCUGCUUUCCCUCAAUUCCUUAAGCUGCGGUCACACUAGAGUUUAACCUCAUGAAAUUCUGUCGUACGGUGUUGCGAAAAGGGACGGGAUUAAACAAGAUGAUUAGACAUUUAAAAAGCGAGCGAUUGGUCUAUGAUUUAAAUUUCUGUCCAGAGAGGACAUGUUUUGAUUCUCGAUUGGUCUCACGCAGUCAGGUGAUGUGAUUUCACAGGUCAGAGUUCACCAAGCUUGAACUUUGCAGCAAACUGCGAAACUUGUUGCACGAACAUUUGCAUGGAAGUCUAUGGGGAGAAAAGUCUAGCAUGACCGCAGCUUUACACAAACACUACUUCACAGGUGUCAAACUCAGUUCCUGAAGGGCCGCAGCUCUGCACAGGUUAGUUCCAACCCUAAUUAAACACACCUGAUCAAACUAAUUGAGUGUGUUGGGCUUGUUUGAAACCUACAGGUAAGUGUGCUGAAGUAGGGUUGGAACUAAACUGUGCAGAGCUGCAGCCCUCCAGGAACUGGCUUUGACACCUGUGCUUAAACAGGGCUCGAAAUUGCGACCGGUUUGCUCACAUAUGCGCUAGCAUUUGUGCGAGUGCAUAAAUUGUUGCCGUGCGAACUGUUUUCACAGCAAAAUGUUCACCGCAUACAUGGACUUAGGAGGCAUUCACGCAUUAAGCAUCAAAACGCCAAACGCAGCGCUCAGGAAUGGUUUAAAACAGUUGACAUGUCAACUUGCUGCAGAACGCUGUGCUAGAAGAGAACGCGAAUGGAUUGGUUCAUAUCAGCUGUCAAUCAUUCAGGCAAUGCUUUCUGCCUUCAGGUGACAGGGAGCUACAGCUGCGAACAUGUGAAGCGCUGAAGAUGAGUAAGCUGUUCAAAACUAUACAACAGCGCCAUCUGCUGUAAAACACUAGCCUACACCGCUAUCUGCUGUUAAAUGCUAGUCUACAGAGCCAUAGAUAUUUACAUUAGAUUUCGUCUACCCUGUUGUUGCCGAUUGGAAAGAAUGCGUCAAUAGAGCCACCAUUUUAAUACAGGAAAUGAAUGUGGGACCAAGGUGCAUUGGAGAACUGGCCAUCUGGAGCCAUAGAUAUACACACAUAUAUGUAUAUAUCUGUGAUCGGGAGUUUUCCCGGUGGUCAGUAUAUAAAUAUUUGAUUAAAUUAUGAAAAUGAUCAUUUUACAUCACUUUUCCACAUCGAUAGGCAAGUGACCGCACAGGCAUUGCAGACAAGAGUGUGUGUUUGUGUGUAUGGAAAUGUAUUAUCAACACACCCCCUCUCCUGCUUUCACUUCUCAUUCUAAUAGAGGGAGCGAUUCGUUUGUGUAUGAAUCUCUGUUAUGAACGACUCGUUCACAUAGCCGACAAUAAUACCAGUUUCUGGCACUACAGCGUCUUGUUGUAAUGUUAUUUUAUUUAACAAAACUAGCAUAAGCGAGUAUUUAGUGCAAGUUGUUGCUACUUUGCCUUAUGGUCAGUGCAGUAAGUGACUGUAUUAUCAUCAAUAGCGUUACUUGUUGAGCACAAAAGUUCGUAACAUACAAAAAUAUAAAAAAACGAAAUCUUACCUAUGAAAUGUUUGGCUUUUGUGCUUUGUUUUCUUUGUUUGCUUGUUACUACACUCGUACACAGCACUAAAGUCCAGCAUCUUCACAUUGUCACACUGUCUUGACUAGUGCGGUUGAACGACUUUUGUCCUGGGAGCCCGGUACAAAUGUGGCGACACUAUUGACGCAUGCUCAGGGUCCGUAUGCGAUAUCUAGUGUAUAUAUCCAAGGUACAGUGCCAUCUGUUGUUAAACACUAGGCUUGAGAGCCACAUACGAUUUAAAAACUAGCCUAGAGCGCCAUCUGCUGUUACAACUAAACUCAGCAUCCAUUCCAGAGAGAAUUGUAAUGUAAAUUCUGAAAUUCUAAGAAAGGAUCCAUUAAUUGUAAUGCAGCCAUUUAUCGCCGCGGCUCUACAAUUUUGCCAAGUCAACCACAUCAGUAUUACUUGCAGUCCUCAUAUUUUAGUAUUACUGAGAUUCUGAAAAUUGUAUUAAAAAUGUAAAGUAGAAAGAAUAUCCUUUUAGACAAAAAACUGAAACAAAACAGCACUACUGCAGAAAUCUUACUGG